CAUCAAAUCAAUAUAGAUAAAUGCUAGAAGUAGGUACAGGAGUAGUUUAGUAUAUAAGUCUCUCAUUCUUGUAGUGGACUUUGAAAGGUUAUUAAUAUGUGCUCUUUUUUCAGAGCAGGAAUCUAGGAGUAUCAGACCUUCGGCUAAGAUCAAAUUUUAUUAAUAAUAUGUGUUCUUUUCUCAACGCAGGUACAAGAGUGGUUUAUUAUAUAGGUCUCUCAUUCUUGCAAUGAACUUUGAAAGUAAAAGUAGUGUGAUAACCAUGGCCGAGCAAGACCAAUCCCCUGGCGGUUCUAGUGAUGAUGGAUAUUCUAAAGGCCAGAUUCUUGAAAACCCACCUCAGAAAAAAAUGAAGAUUGAGACAGAAUGUGAAGAAACUGGUAUUGAUUGGAUCAGCGAGAUACCUGACGCUCUUAUUGCCCAAAUUCUUACUCAAAUGCCCACACCAGAUGCCUUCAAAACAACUCUUCUCUCUAAACAUUGGCAAUACCUUUGGAAUUCUAUGGACAACCUUAUUUUUGACAACAGGAACACUGAUUGGUCUGAUAGAGUGAAUGUGAUUAAUAAGUUCAUUUCCUUCACGGACAAUGUACUAACUCUCCUUUGCUGCUCUAAAAUUAAAAAGUUCACCCUAUAUUUCCGAUCUUGCCUUGUUGCGUCUUAUGGUUCCAAAAUUGACAAGUUGCUUGAAAUUGCUUUGAAGAAAAAAGCGGAGGAUCUUGAACUGGAAAUAUGGUAUUAUGAUCAAGAUCCCUAUGUCUUGCCACAAGCUCUCUGCAGCAGCUCAUUCAUUUUAAAAUUAAAUUGCGAGUAUUGCAGAAUACCAGAAGAAUGUGUACUAAAUUGGACAUCCCUGAAGAGUUUAACGCUAAGACAUUUGUUUCUCCGGGAUGAACAUGUUGAUCAAAUAGUAACAAAUUGUCCUCAGCUGGAAUCUUUGAAACUAUGUGAGUUUUGUGGUUUUCAUCAUUUACAUAUAACUUCUCCAAAAUGUAGGAUACUGCAAUUGAUUGAUCAUGCCCAUCCUGACGGAGAUUGGGGUUCACUUGAAGGUGAUUGUUCCUUCGAAAUAGUUGCUCCAUAUAUUCAACAUUUAAAGAUUUCGGGGCAUUUUGAUAGUGUGGAAAUUAAGCUUGGGGACCUCUCGUCUUUGGUCCAUGCCGAUCUUACUUUCUCUGUUGAUGUUGUAUUUGACAAAACUGUGGAACAUCUCUUGGCAAGUGUACGUUGUGCUAAUGAGCUAAUGGUCCCAUGCUGGGUUAUCGAGGUCAGUUUCCAGCCCAGAUGAUUUAUGUGUUGUUGUUGGAAAAGAAAGAUGUUUCGUGACCGUUGCUGGUGUGCAAAAAGUUGACGGUAAAUUCUUGGAUUUCAAAAAAUGCCAUUCUCGGCAUAGGCAGUCUCUUAAGGUCAACUCCUUCUCUGGAGAAUUUGACGAUAAUUCAUCAAGAGGGAGACGAAGACUCUGAUUCAUCGGGAGACAAUUCCCUCUCCUUGCAUGAAAACAUAUCCAAGGACUCCUUACAGAAUUUGAAGAUGCAGAGGUUUCUUCAAACUGUUGUAGUUGUCUCGAUAGAGCUGACACAACAGAGCUCCUUACAGAAUUCUUGAAGUCUUUGCUUGAGCAUGCAAAAAAUCUUGAGAAACUGGUUAUAGCGCCAGUGCAUGAGGGAUGCAAUAUCUCUUCAACAAAUAUCUCAAAAGUGAUAAAGAAUUUGUUAGCUUUUCCAGGAGCUUCUAAUAAUGCAGUGGUUUCCUUA